AAAAGACCUCAAAAAAGACUGUUGUUCCACAUUCCGAGACCUGGCAGUCCUGAAAAUCGAUAGAUAAUAUUGCUAGAAAUGAAAUGGUGUAGACAAUUGUAGUGAAACCAGCUUUUUAUGCAGUUUCUGGACGGUUGGUUGAGCGAGUCCACGAGUCAAGGCCGAUCGAUGCACCUUCCAAAUGCAUCCUCGGCCGAGCCUCUGGCAUUGGGGGGCCGGCAAACUCAGCUCAAAGGCCAUGACAACCAACAUGAAGUGCAACUUAACCGUUCGAUUAGCUCCUCGGAAUGCAUUCAUAGAGUAUAACAAAGUAUGGGAUAUGCAUUUUUCCCCAUCUGCUCAUGUUCAUUGGCUGCCUGACAAGUUCAACCUGUCCAAAGCAAAGGUUACUGUGAAUGUUGUUCCGGGUGGAUCCUACUCAUCCUACGAUUACAUGGGCGAUCAAUUGUUGAGGUGGCAGGAAGAGCGCAAACAGCCAAAAGUGCCGACACGUGCCUUUGGUCAGUCAGAUCAUCAGAAAUCCAACAGGUCCCUGGCCAUGAGUUCAAAUCCACCUUUGUUGUCUCAAAUUUUGGCCAAUGCCGUGUGUGUCUCCAACAAGGCCUCGGCCAUCGUCCGCGAGAUCAUGGCUUCGGGUCAAUUGGGGGUAGUGGAGAAGACCGGCCUCGACGACCUUCAGACCAAAGCCGACCGCUCGGCUCAGGAUUGCAUUGUGUCUUCGUUGAAGGCCAAUUUCCCGGGAUUAGCCGUGAUUGGCGAGGAAGGGGAUGAGUUGCACGGAGACGUGCCCGCCGAGUGGAUCGUCAAGGACCAGGAUCCACGGGCUUUGCAAAUGGGUACGCCGGAAUCCGUUCUUAAAGCCAAGCUUGAAGAUUUCACGAUUUGGGUGGAUCCUUUGGACGGUACCAAAGAGUACACUGAAGGGUUCUUGGAUCAUGUGACCGUGUUGGUGGGCAUUGCCGUGAAGGACAAGGCGGUGGCCGGGGUCAUCAAUCAACCCUUUUACAACUAUCAAUAUCCAGAAUUGCCUCAGGGCCGUACUUUAUUUGGUAUCGAUGGUGUUGGAGUUCAUGGGAUAGAGCGUGUGCUUCCACCCAAGGAUGCCCGCAUCGUAACCACGUCGCGGUCUCAUGGCACCGGGCUCAUUAAUGACUGUACCCAGGCCUGUGAACCUUCGGAAGUGAUUCGUGUAGGUGGGGCCGGACACAAAGUGCUUCUUCUAAUUGAAGGACGAGCGCAUGCAUAUGUUUUCCCAAGUCCUGGAACCAAAAAAUGGGACACAUGCGCACCCCAAGCCAUUUUGCAUGCCUUGGGAGGAAAACUCACGGAUAUCCAUGGAGCCGAAUUUAAAUAUCAUAAGGACGUGGGACGAGUCAAUGAUUGGGGCACACUUGCCACUUCAGUUGCCGAGGAACACCAAGACUACUUGAGCCGUAUCCCUCAGGAUAUGAGAGAUCAAGUCAAGGAUUACUUUAAGAACAAGAAAAAGUAACUCGUUUUGUUUGGACCUUUAUUAACCACUUUACUGAUUUGGAACGGUUCCAUUUGAUUGUGAUUGUUGUUACUAUUACAAGUGAAUUUGACAAGUAAAUUUCCAAGGGAUAAUCGAA